AUGAAGGUCGCGGAGGUCGCGGAGGUCACGGUGAAGCAGGGCGGCCGCGACGGCGAGCAGGGCUACCCGGCCGAGGGCUUCGACUUUUCCCUCGAGGGCCGGUCCCACUUCUCCGCCUGCGCGGGCCGCGACGUCCGCGCGACGCUCCGCCUCGACGACAUCCGGCGGCUGCCGCCGUCCUACGAGCUCGAGAGCAUCCCGAAGCUCGCGCGCGCCGAGGAGCUCAAGGCUAAGGGCAACUACUGCUUCGCCGGGCGGCGCAACGUCGACCGCGCGGUCCGCCGCUACGGCGGCGCGAUCGACUGCAUCACGAGCUGCAGCGAGAAGGACCUGAGCGACGCGCAGAACGCGCAGAAGGCCGGCCUCAACGUGUCGCUCCACAACAACCGCGCCCAGUGCUACAUCAUCCAGGAGGAGUGGCAGAAGGGCAAGGGCGACUGCGACCGCGCGCUCGAGGGCGACCCGACGAACGUCAAGGCGCUCUUCCGCCGCGGCCACUGCUGCUUCCACCUCGACGACUGGUUCGAGGCGAAGAAGAACUUCAAGCGGUGCCUCGAGCUCGACCCCAAGUGCCGCGAGGCCCACAAGGGCCUCGUGACCAUCGCCGCGCGCGCCAAGGAGCAGAACGCGAAGGACAAGGGCAAGUUCGACGGCUACAAGCUCGCGCAGGCCAUCAAGUCCGACAAGCCCGACAUCGCGCCCAAGCCCGACCCGGACGAGGCCGUCGACGCCGCGGAGAACGGCCAGGAGGACGGCGACAAGGACGGCUGCGUCGAACCGGCCGCGGGCGGCAAGCUCAAGAUCGCCGCGGCCGCGGCCGCGCUGCUCGCGGGCGGCGCGCUGUGCGCCUGGUUCUUCCUCAAGGACGAGUGA